GCGGAACUGAAAAGCAUUUUCCACAUGCAAGAGAGAGGGAACCAAGUGCUGCUGCUGCUGCUGCUGCUGCGUUCCAGUAAGAGGAAAAUAAUUUUUUGUGCACGGAAAAACGCAUGAAACCGCUGGCAUGUGUGCAUUAAGAGUUGUAGUCUGCAGAACGCUUUGCAGCGUCCCUGAAACUGUCCUGAGAAUGACCAUCCAGAACGGCUCUGUGAUAUCUGCCAGAGACUGCUCUCAGGCAGCAAAUGCGAGGAACACUCUGAGAUGGGACCUGUCUCCAGUUGAGACCAGGGCCAUGACAGACAGCUUGAUUAACAGAGUAAAAAAGGUCUAUGAUGACAUCGGAUCUCUGAAAAUAGAAAAUGUUUCUGCUGAGAACACCCUGAAAGCAUUGGCUAAUGUCAAGCUGGAUUAUGCAUCAUCACGCCAUGUCCUUGAUUUCCCCCAGUAUGUUUGUCCCUCUAAAGAGGUUCGGACAGCGAGCACAGAGGCAGACAAGAAACUCUCUGAGUUUGAUGUGGAGAUAAGUAUGAGGGAAGAUGUGUUCAAGCGAAUUACUGCCUUGCAGAAAAAGCACAUGGACAACCUUUUGCCUGAAGAAAAGAGGUUCUUAGACAGACUAGUUACAUUAGGCAAGCGGAAAGGAUUGCACCUGUCUAAAGAUACACAAGAGGAAAUUAAAAGAACUUCAAAGCUUAUAAGUGAACUCUCCAUAGAGUUUAACAAGAAUCUGAAUGAGGACAACACAACGGUUGUUUUUUCUGAGCGUGAAUUGGGUGGGCUAGCAGAUAGCUAUCUCAAUGGGUUGGACAAGACAGCAGAUGGGCGGUACAAAGUAACACUUGAAUAUCCCCAUUACUACCCCCUGAUGAAGAGGUGUCACAAUCCUGAGACCAGGAGGAAGAUGGAAACCGCUUUUCACAGCAGGUGUAAAGAGGUAAACGCAGCGAUCCUUGAGCAAUUGAUACAACUGAGGGCAAAGGUCGCAGACUUACUUGGUUACAGUAGCCAUGCAAACUAUGUGCUGGAGAUUAACAUGGCCAAGAAUGCGAGCAAUGUGUCUGACUUUUUAGAUACAUUCUAUGAAAGACUAAAGCCCAUUGGAAUCAAGGAGAGGAAAUAUAUUCUUGCACUUAAGAAGAGGGAGUGCUUGAUGCAGGGCUACCAGUUUGAUGGACAGAUCAACGCCUGGGAUUUACCCUACUACAUGAAUCAAGUGGAGCAGUGCAAGUUUGCUGUGAACAAGGACAAACUAAUUGAGUAUUUCCCGCUUGACGUGGUGACAGAAGGACUGUUUGGUAUCUACCAGGAGCUGCUGGGUCUCACAUUCACAGAGGUGGAACAUGCUCAUGUAUGGCAUGAAAGUGUCAAGCUAUAUUCAGUCCAGGACGCUGAGACAGGAGAGGAAAUUGGCCAGUUCUACAUGGACUUGCAUCCCAGGGAAGGAAAGUAUGGCCACGCAGCCUGCUUUGGGCUGCAGCCUGGCUGCAGAGGACCUGAUGGAAAACGCAGGCUUCCAGUGGCAGCUAUGGUGGCUAACUUUACCAAGCCCAGAAAAGAAUGGCCUUCUCUUCUUCAGCACCAUGAAGUGGAGACUUACUUUCAUGAGUUUGGUCAUGUUAUGCAUGAGCUCUGUUCUAAGAUCACUUUUUCAGAAUUCAGUGGGACCCUGGUGGAGACAGACUUUGUGGAGGUGCCUUCGCAGAUGCUUGAGAACUGGGUUUGGGAGAAGGAGCCUCUGAGAAGAAUGUCUCGCCACUACAAGGAUGGCAGCCCAAUCCCAGACAACCUGCUUGACAAACUGAUUGCAUCCAGAGUAGCAAACACUGGACUGAUGAACCUGCGUCAGGUAGUCCUCAGUAAAGUUGACCAGUCGCUUCACACCAGCCCUCAUGCAGAUACAGCAGAGGUGUUUGCAAAGCACUGCCAGGACAUCCUUGGUGUUCCUGCCACACCAGGUACCAAUAUGACAGCCAGUUUCAGCCACUUGGCUGGAGGAUAUGAUGGUCAGUACUAUAGCUACCUAUGGAGUGAAGUCUACUCCAUGGACAUUUUUUUCAGUCGUUUUAAAAAAGAAGGCAUUUUGAAUCCAAAGCUGGGAAGAGAGUACAGAAGGGUGAUCUUGGAAGCAGGUGGCUCUGUGGAUGGAACUGACAUGCUGGAAACCUUCCUCGGACGUGGCCCAUGCCAGGAUGCCUUCUUUCAAUGCAAAGGACUGUUCAGUUCUCAGGAAACACAAAGGGUUGUCACUUAAUAUACAUUUAAGAGUUUCUGAAAGCAUGGUAUAUUUGUAAUUGUCUGGAUGCAGAAAAAUGCUUUGCCUGAAGUGUAUCAUUACUGUGUUUAAGUUUUUCUACCUGAUAAUUUCUGUAUUUCUAAAUCUAUUGAUCGACUCCAGACUGUACAGAACCCAGCUUCCAGACCUUUAACCAAAAAAGGAAAAAAAACUGUUUAAGCUUCAUUUCACUGGCUCCCAGUGUAUUUUAGAAUAGAUUUUUAAAUGUUAUUGAUUACUUAAAGCCUCUCCCCCUGCUAUAUUUCUGACCUUUUUAGUACCGUAUGCACCGGUACGUACUUUGAGAUCCUAAGGCAAAGGAUUAUCACAAAUGCCAGAUCAUCCACCCAUCAUUGUAGUUUAUACAAAAUUUUGGAUGGUGUUUUCUAGCUACACGUAGACGGCUACAUUUGUGUGUUUUUAUCUACAAGGAAAUCCUGUGCAAAUUACCCGGUUACCUUUGUAGCCUCCGUAACUUUGCGGUCAGUAGUUACCAAAUACUUUCUAGCAGGCUAUUGCAUAUAAAAGUCCCCAGGCUUGUUUUCAAGUUAGGAAAUACUGCCUUUUCAUAUUGUGCACCCUCAACAUGGAACUCCUUAAAAAGAUUCUGUAGUUGGAGGUGCUGAUACGACUUAGGGAGUUUAAUUCUCUGGUUGCAGAUAUCCUUAAGGAGGAGUGUAGGAGUUUCCCAUAGGCUUUAAGUGUAUGUACAGCUGUCUUGGAAGAUAUUUUGAUGAAUUGUAUUGCCAUAUGUGUCACUGUAACUUUUAAAUGCCGUUCCGCAACCUUGGCCUGGUCUCCCUUGAAAAAAGAUUAUAUCUGAAUGGGCUUCUUUCUAGUUAAAUAAAG